AUGUUUACACUUUUACCAUCACUCUGUCUUAUUGGUGUUCAAUAUUUUCGACAAUGGAAGGCACCUCAUUAUCAAGAAAAAAAUAUUAUAGAAAUAUUCGAAAUUAAUGAUAAUAAUACAAAAGAAAUCCAGAAAGAUAUUCAAAUCGUCGUUGAUCAACCAACCAUUCCUUCAAAUUUAGAUGAAAGUGUUGACAGUACAUCGGAAGGAAUUAGUGAUCAAGAUCAUGGAAUUAACUUACAUAAAAAAAGAUCUCAUCGUCGACGACGUAAGACACCACUAAAUGGACUUAGUUCUGAUGAUAUUACCUAUUUAAUAAAGAAGACAGGAUUUACUCGAGAAAAUAUACUCGCAUGGUAUGAAGAUUUUCUUCGUGAUUGUCCUGAUGGUAAACUUUCAAAAAAAAAAUUUAUUGAUAUUUAUCAACAAUUUUAUAAAAAAGGUCAUGUUACAAAAUUUUGUGAACAUGCCUUUCGAUUAUUUGAUAAAGAUGGUUCAGGACAUAUGGAAUUUAUGGAAUUUCUUUUUGCUGUUAGUUUAACAGCAUCCAAAGAUCCAGUACGAAAAAUUGAACUUUUUUUCUCUAUGUAUGACAUUGAUCAUAAUGGCCUCAUUGAUCAAAAUGAAAUGAGAUCUGUUCUUGAAUCAAUUUAUGAAUUAAUGGGUGUUGACAUUAGCGAUCCAUCAAGAAUUGAUACAAAAGUUCAUGAAUUAUUUUCUAAAGUUGAAUGUGAUUCAUUAGGAUAUUUGGGAAAAGAUCAAUUUGCAAAAGCUUGUCAAAUUGAUCGACAUAUACGUAAACUUUUAAUGCCAACAACAAAAUCAUUGAAUAAUUGA